AUGGUGGUGUUUCAUGACAAGGUGGAGAUUGAGGACUUCCAAUUUAAUGAAAACUCAAAGUCGUAUUUCUACCCCUACCUGUGUGAUGACAACUUUUGUAUUGCCAAGGAGAAUUUGGAGAAUGAGGAAGACAUGGUUACAUGUUCUGCUCUAACUAUGGUGUACAAAGUCAUAGUCAAUGAUUGUGAGAAAGAUCAGUUUAUGUAUGGAGAGACAGUCCCAGCCCCUUCAAACAACACAGAAUUAGCUAAAUACUCACAAAGACCCACAAAAUCCAAAUCAUGGACACCUGGGAAUGAGUCCAGAUGGACAGGUCAGCUGCAGCUUCUUCCCGGGGACAGAGUUCUGUGGCUUACAGCAUCUUUAUGGUGGACCCCUACAUAG